AUGAGAGCGGCCCUGAAGCAACCUCAUGAUACGCCUCGCGCUGCCCGUCCAUCGCCCUUGAAAAGGAGAGCGGCGGUCGUGCUGCUCCCGCUCCUCGUCGUCAUCCUGGCGUGCCUCCUAGCGAAAGCGCUGCCCCGCCUCGAGCUACUGUCCACACAUUUCGCAGCGCCCCGCACCGUCGGCAGAAUGGGUUCCUUCUUCUCCAAACCUUCCGCCAACAUGUCGUCUUCGCCCUCGUCCUCGUCGUCCGCCUACGCCCGGGAGCUCGAGGUCGCCCAGCUGGCCGUGCAGCGCGCCACCCUGCUGACCAAGCGCGUCUUCCACGAGAAGGCCAAGGGCACCGUCGACAAGAACGACAAGUCGCCCGUCACCAUCGGCGACUACGGCGCCCAGGCCCUCAUCAUCUCGGCCCUCAAGGCCAGCUUCCCCGAGGACGAGAUCGUGGCCGAGGAGGAGGCGUCCGACCUGCGCACCAACUCGGAGCUCCGCAAGACCAUCUGGGACCUCGUCAAGGACACCUCGCUCGGCGAUGCCGGCGCCGAGAAGACCCUGGGAGGCGCCAUCAAGACCGAGGACGACAUGUUGACCAUGAUCGACCACGGCAACAGCAAGGGAGGCGCCUCGGGCAGGAUAUGGGCCAUUGACCCCAUCGACGGCACCAAGGGCUUCCUCCGCGGCGGCCAGUACGCCGUCUGCCUGGCGCUCAUGGUUGACGGCGAGGUCACGGUCGGCGUCCUGGGUUGCCCCAACCUUCCCGUCGACGAUUCUGCACCUCUGACCGCGGACAUCGGCAAGGACGCCACGGACGAGGGCCGAGGUGUCGUCUUCAGCGCCGUCCUGGGCCAGGGCGCCACCAGCCGCCCCCUGACGACCGGCGCGUUGGCGGAGCAGAGGAAGAUCAGCAUGCGGCCCAUCACCGAGAUUGCCAAGGCGACCUUCUGCGAGAGCGUCGAGGCCGGCCACUCGAGCCACGGCGACCAGGCCGACAUUGCUAACAAGCUGGGCAUCACCAGCCCGAGCGUCCGCAUGGACUCCCAGGCCAAGUACGCCAGCAUCGCCCGCGGCGCGGGUGAUAUCUACCUCAGACUGCCUACUAGCAAGACUUACCAGGAGAAGAUCUGGGACCACGCUGCCGGGGACUUGAUCGUCCGAGAGGCUGGCGGUCAGGUCACGGACAUCCAUGGCAAGAGGCUAGACUUUACCGUGGGCAGAACCCUUGCAAACAACAAGGGCGUUGUCGCUGCGCCGGUCGGAGGCCACCCGCAAGUCCUCAAGGCCGUGCAAGAGGUGUUGAAGAUCUAA